CAAGGUAUCGUUAAGUUUUGAGUAUGGGUGGGUUGGAAGCACUGUCCGAAACCUAUACAUCAACAUAACCUCUAGCUCACGUUUUCUUCUUGAAAUGGAGACGAUUAAUCCAAACUCUGCCAUGUUAAGCAAUUUUGAGGUUCUGGCUCUUCUGCAGGAACUCAAGUCUCAACAGAAAAAAAAUAGAACUGCUCGCAAUAGCCCUCUAGCCACAAUAAUAUACGAGGCAACUCGCUACCUCCAAGAUUCACCCUGUAAGCUUCAGACAGCAGAGCAUGUGCGUACAUUCCUCACUGCUCUAAAAGAAUUUAAGUUGACAAAAGCUGAGAAGUUAAUGCUACUGAAUAAUCCACCAUCAACCCCAUUAGAAAUUCAAGUGAUGGUAGAGGAGAGUGAAGAAAGGUUUACUGAAGACGAGGUUGAAAAACUACUUCAAAUUAUUCAGGAAAUUCUACCUGUUACCCAAAAGGAAGAAGAGGAAGAUAUGGACAGUUAGAUAAGGAGAUAAAUGUCUGUGAUGAAACUUUAAAUAACCUUGCAGCGAGCAAAGUAAGCUAACUAUAUGUAUCACUGGUGAUAUCAAUAUGUAUUAGGAAUUGUAAAUAUAAUUAGUAAAGUGCCAUUUUUGUGGAA